UCUCGCACAGUUCAGUCUUUAGUAUUUCUAUAACGGAGGCAGCGGUUAUUGUUAAGGUAUCAAUCAGAUUUUUUCGAUGCAUUUGUGAAUAAAUCACAAGCAAAGAUGACGAACGAGUUGGAAAAUGAAAAUUACGUGAUUCAGGUUCGUGCUAUCCUGAAUCAGCAAACAAUUAAACUUUGGGAGUCCCCGUAUUACGACGCAGCUACGCACCAAUCUGUGGAAUCGGAGCUAGAGAAAUUGGCCAUAGCAUAUCAUGAGCACCUGCAAAUCGGGGUCAAGGACUGCCUCAAUGCAAUUCGAUCUCUGCAGCAGAAUGCCUUGGAUAAACUUAGAAGCAAGGAUGAAUUCCUCAAGACGGGCAUCGCAACAAUAAAGUGUAGAGCGCCAGCCCAAUGCACCACAAAUCGCUAUUUUGAUGUUAAGAUCAAAGUCACUAGUAUUGGGGAGGAUCUCGCCAAGAUGGUCGCGGAAAAAUUGUCUGUUGAUGCGUCAAGUAUUAAACUUGUUUGCGCCGGGAAAGUACUAACCAACUACCUCACACUGUUAGAGCAAAAAGUCGUCAAUGGCGGUACCGUUAUGGUACUUAUAAUGAAACAGAGUAAGGAAGCAGCUCAGCAAGAAUCCGAUACCUUUGAUCGUAUUCGCAAGAUACGAACCGACGCGCAAAUGCUUAUAAACGAUAAUGGAUCAUCAAAUUUUCUCAGCUUAGAGGACCAAGAUGGAAAUGCUCUUCACCUGCCAGAAAGCGAAAAGAAAGCACUUCUAAUGGCUUUGACACUUUACGAAAAGGGAAAGGUUGCUUUGAAGAAAGAAAACUACGAAGAAGCUCUUCUACUUUUCCUCGAAGCUGACAGUGAUUUCCGUACGUGUAACUCCCAGUUAUUGACCGUUGUGGAUAAUUAUGCAUUGCUUAAUUUAGACAUCGUUUGGUGUUAUCUAUGUCUUAAGAACAUAACCCAAUUACCUGACGCAGAGCAACGUCUAAAGUUAAGUGAGGAGAAACUUCGUCAAAGUUAUGGUGUCAAUAUGCACCGUGUUACUGCUAUAAAAGGAACUCAGCAAUGUAGCGAGAAGGCACUUAUGUUAAGACUUCAUCUACUGAAAGCUGUUCUAUACUUUCAUCAGAAUAAACGGGAUGAUGCUGCGACCAUGUUUAGAGUGGUGGAAAGUGAGCUGCAAUUGUUGAAGAUUGACGAUGGAUGUUUAACGGUUUUACUCGAAUGUGGCUAUGAGACAACAGAAUCAAGAAUUGCAUUAAGAGUUUGUUCCAACGACGUCAACGCAGCAAUUGAAUACAUCAACAGUCGGAAGGAAAAGCUAUUGAACAAUGAGGAAAAAUCUAAUCGAGAAAACAACCUUUACAAAAAAAUCGGAUACAAGAAGGCCGAUGAACGUCGGAUCAAUGUUGAAUUCGUUGAUCAACUUGUAGAAAUGGGCUAUUCGGAGUGCCUUGCAGCCAUAGCAUUGAAACGUUGUGAAAACAAUUUAUACAAUGCUUUAAAUGAACUACAGCAGAAUCAAGCUGAUCUAAAACGAGAAUUGAUCGCUUCCACAACACCAUCCAAGCAGUUAACUGAUAAACUUAUCGAUUUUGGCUUCCACGAAAAAGCAGCCCAAGCGGCUCUGAAACAAACUGUUAACAAUUUCGAAGAAGCUGUAGAGGUUCUGUUAAACGCUCGUAGAGAUAAUACGUAUGAUGCAUUAUUGUCCACCGUAAGCAACGAAGCUUCCAACUCGAACAGUUCUGGGACAGGAUCCUCAGAUUCUAGUAACAGUGAAGAGGCGGGCUCAUCUCGCAAGAAGGACGAAAAAGAUUCCAAAAAAGAGAUGAUGGAUAUUCUUUACAAAAGUUUUUCCAAAGACAUAGAUACGGAUACUGACAGUUACUUAGAUCUACCUCUAAUCGAAGAAGCAUCCAUAUUGGAUAAUUAUAAAAAACUGUUGAAUAUGCAAUAGGUGGAUGCGUGGAUGCUCAUCUCAACGGAUUGCUGUUUUGAGUAACGAAUUUACCAAUUAGAGGUUCAAUUAUACUAAAUACAUAAACGUAAUAU